CAGGGAGGUGCAGCAAGCACCCAGCCCAGCACCUCACCUUCCCCUCGCACCUGGAAGGUCAGUCUAGAAGCAAACCCCGGCGAGUGAAGGUCGUUUCCGUCUCCAAACUCUUGAGUGCGUGUGAUUUCAAUCCGAAAAGGAAACAUGCCUUUCAUGAAGAAAUCCGCUAUCAUAAGGAAUAAGAGGCUCGUUGCCAUGAACGUCCGGAAUGGGAUCGAGAACAGAGCUCGCAAGGAGGCAGAAGAGGCAAAACGUGAGGAAGAGGAGGCCGCCGCCACCGCCGCCGCUCCAGACCCAGAACAGAGUCCCGCUUGCCCUGAUCGCCGUAUUGCGAAUUUGCCAUGCCUUGGCGAAUCCUUGUGGUGUGACUUCUGCGACGACGCACUGAGCUUGAGGUUUCAGGAAAACGAACAGCGGAACGGUCUCGCAUCCGUCUUCCACGUGAGGUGCCAUCGCUGCAUGAAAGUGGUCAAGAUCCACACCGACGACAAAGGCCCCGUUCUAGCGGACGGAAAAUCUCCCCUAUACUCCAUAAAUCUUCAGGCUGCUACGGGCUGCAUAGACGCUGGAGUGAGCCAUGGUCAGCUAAACAAACUAUUCUCUGCGAUGAAUUUACCUCCGGUUCAUCGCACUUCCUUCGUUCGAGCGCAGGACCGAGUUAAAGCACACCGAGAACAAGAACAAGCUCCCAGCCAGUCUCAAACGUAGCUUUUCAGUGCUUCCCCCGCCCCAUGUUUACUCCGGUUUCACCAAGGUUUUCCCACGUGUCGCCCAGAUAUGCGGGAAUUCCUCAACUCUCCCGUUUGCAAGCUGCCACUCGGUGGAAUAUGAUGGACACUGAAUCCAGAGUUUUGCUCUGCACGAACGAGAGGUAUGGACAAAAUGUAAAGUGCUGCUAACUAUGUAUAAUAUGAAUCUGGGAGUUAAUCGGCUGUAACUAUUUUGUUUUUGACGUUCGUUUCAGUUUGUAUAUAGCUCAAUAAUAUUAAGUGUUCUAGUCAAUUCUUUUAGUUGUCCG